UGUCUACACGACAUAGAGGCAGUCACCUUACUUUGCCACAUAAGUGCUGAAAGGAAGGACAGGCUCUUCAUCAACCAAUCAGCUUCCAGAGAGACAAAGAGUCGACCUCGCCAGCUCAGCAACUAAACAUGGCUCUGUGGGGUGAUGCCAAACUCUUCUUCUGCAUCCUCUUCAUCACUUGCUACUGCACAGUGACAUUGGCGCAGAUACCCAUGGACUGCUGCUUCCAGGUCAAAGACAAACCAAUUGAGAAAAAGUUAAUUGUAGACUACCAUCAGCAGAUCAGUGGACAGGGCUGCCCUAUUAAUGCCAUGAUUUUGGUGACCAGACGAGACAUGAAACUCUGUGUGCCUUCUGGCGUGCAGUGGGUCCAAGAUGUGAAGAAUCACGUGGACUCCCUGAGAAUUCGCUGCAGGAAAAACAACAAGGCCAGAGGCUGCCAUAAAGUGAGGCUUGAGUAAACGGAGAGCGACCUGUGACCCCUGCAGCAACAACAACAGAGUGGACCACUGCGAGUCAGGGAGGAGAAGAGUGGAUCAAACCAGUAAAUAAAUAGAUAAAAACUAUAAUGAUAAUCAUAGUUAUUCCUCCUAUUAUUAAAGAUCAAUCUCUCUAUGUUACCAUUGUAUCUUAUAAAAUCAUGUUCUAGUUGCAAUAAAAAAAAAAAACAUUUUGAAGGAUUUUUAUAUUGUUUCUGGCAUUUGUGUUUUGGAAGACCAAGAAUUAUGUAAGAAAUAUCCAAGAAUGUGAGUGUCAGUUUGUUGAUUUCAUUGAUUGUUGAAAUAAAAUAAAGCCUUGUUUUUCCAAA